GGACUCCCUUGGAGAGCCCUUACAAUCAUCGCUCGCCUCGCUGCCUGAGGUUGUGCAGCGAUGAUACCCAUGUCCUCUUCCUCUUCCCAUAAUGCUGGUCGUCGUCGGCCCGCUUCGAGCAAUCGCGCUCAGCGCCGGCCUCUCGCUCGAACGAAUUCAAGCUUGUUUGGGACGAUUAAAAAUAUCGUAACGGCACCGUUGAACUGGUUUGCCACCACCGAGGACUUUGACGACUCCCCGGACCUCAAGGGGAAGAGAAGGCGAAAUCCGGUACCCGCUGGGAAUGGCCCCACCCUCCGCGAUCCAAAUGACGCCGCCGAGCCUCGCUCCAAGCGGCCGCGCGUCACUAGCCCUGAUCGACAAAUGCAGUAUCGUGCCGAAGCCCCAUUGGCGGAAACGUAUGCGCCAUCGAACCCUGGAUACUUGGAUCCUCCGGUGUCUGUGUUCAAGAACCCGCCUCCGUUGGCGCGGUCCACCUCCGUCAAUCUGUCUGGACCCGCCAUAAAUCCCUUUAUCGCGAGUCUUACCCGCAACCUUUCACGGACCAUGUCGAUCGAUCCACCGCAUACAACUGCCAGGCCGCUUUCGCGUGAUGCAUCAAUGCAUUUCCCCUCGGACGGAGAUGUCUCGAUGGAAUCCAUGUUUCCGCGCAAGACGUCGUCGUCUAUGCCCCGCGAGAUGUCAAUGCCAAUCCCGGCCUCACACAGCUCUCUUCGUCGGCCCACGUCUAUUACACCUCAGCCAUCGCAGCUACCGAGAGAAACGUCGGAACCGCCACCCAUGUCUUCGCUCAGUAAGAAGCCGAUGUUUGUACGUGGGCCUCUUGAAGCACCAUCUCAGCGGAUCUCUGUUCAGACCACAUUGGGCUCUUUGGCCGACUCUCGACGCAGUACUCGUUCGCCCGCAAGGCAACACAGUGGUUUGCUGUUCGGCUCUGGUCCCAGUGCAUCUACGGAGCAGCAGGGCAUAUCGGCUGAACGGGCGUUACAUGAAUUGGAUAGCUUCAAGACUCCCCUUUUGCAAACUCGCAGUCGGCUGGGUGCUCAGGCAAGCACACAUACUGAUGACCCUUCGGACCUUUUCCGACGGAAACGGACUCGCCCGCUUGUGCUGAUGGGUGAUGAUCGCGGCUCCAGCUACGGCUUCUUGGACAUCGAGCCCAAAGAGAAGGAAAAGAAAAGCAAGGUCAACGACACCAAGCCUUAUGCUGGAGAGGGAGGAAUGAGAAAACUACUGGCCCGGCGACAGAAAGAAGUUGAGGCUGAGCAGGACGAAGGUGACAUGAAACAGCCACCCAGUGUCGACAUCAGCAAGACCGUCCCCGAUGUGAACGAACCUCUUCCGCCCAUCAUUGAUGACUGGCAACAGCGUGGUGCUGCGCAGACCGGAUCCUCUCUACGUGUCGCACGUGCCAAGACGUCGCGGAAUCACAUCUCGCGCCCUGCUGCUCGUCCAGCCAAGAAGUUUUCCGCCGUGUUCGAAGAUGACGAUGGAAUGGACGAGGAAGAUGAGGAAAGACAGAAAGAACGUCUCGAAUUGGAAGAGGCCGCCUCGAAACUUCCGGCCUUCAAAAUGCCUGCAAACUUUUCCUUUGCGAAGCCGGAAGCAACCCCUGCCCCGGUCCAGGCUGAAGAGGAUGUCAAGGAACCACCCAUCGCAGCCUUACCGUUUUCAUUCAACAUUCCGACUCCUGCUGUAGUUGCGGCUCCUGCUGCGGUUGCGACUCCUCUGGAGAAGCCUGCGUCUUCCUCAUUCUCUUUCGCUCAGCCGGAUCCGAAACCUGCUGUGGUGGAAGCGUCCUCGUCCGAUGAUGCACCUUCCUCGGUGCCAAACUUUUUCUCAUCGAGCAAGCUGCUUUCCCAGGCUCCAUCGGUGGUGCCAUCAGUUCCAUCAUUCAGCUCAACGGAUGAGCCGAAGCCAGUGAGCCCGUUCUCGUUCUUGGCUCCUUCCAAGAACGUUGAGACCUCCGAUGAGAAAAAGACCAGUGAGCCAACGCCGGCAUUCUCGCUGUCUAGUGGUGUUCUCCCGUCUGUCGAAUCUCCGGCCUCGGCUUUUGGCACUCCACAGGCAAGCGCACCGUCUCUCCUUGCACCAGCUUUUCCGGUCGCCGAAAAGGUCGACACACCUACUAUCCCAUCAUUCUUCAAUAAGCCUGCGAGCACACCGUUCUCAUUCGCUACAACGCAGCCAGUACCUGUUUCACAGCCUGAACCUUCACCACUUGUUCCGGCUUCGAUUCCAGUUCCUGUUGUCGAAAGGAUUGUGGAAACAACCGUUCCGGCGAUGGUUCAGCCCACUGCUGAGCCUACGCCAGUCGCUGCCCCGCUCACGGUUGAGCCGACUGUACAGGCAGCUGUUGAUCCUCCGUCUAAUCCGUUUGGUGCUCCUCUGGCGCCACCCUCUAAGAGCCCGUUCAAUUUCCUGAGUACGAAUCCCCCAUCAGGGGCAGCGACACCAGCACCGGCGUCGACAGAGGCUCCUAAACCGUUCACCGGCUUCUCGUUUGGACCUACUCCGACUGCUAGACCAACAGCGCAGGAUGCGCCAAAAACGGCGGUUCCAUUUAACUUUGGGUCGUCCUCUAGCACUGCGCCUACGGGUGGAUUCUCAUUCGGGGCGUCGGAGGCUAAGCCCGCAAGCGGGAUGUUCAGCUUCAGUAAACCCGAUACCGCAGCUCCAACUGCGGGUGGGUCUUCGACGUUUUCAUUUGGAUCACCUGCAGCUGUUGCGCCGCCCGCCAGACCGUUGACACCACCGCGAAACGAUAUUCAGGAGUUCAAUAUGGAUGAGAGCCCGACGAGGGAAGUCGAGCCCAAGGCAGCUGGCGGGUUUUCGUUCUCGGGCUCCUUCAGCCAGCCGGCCGCGCCACCUACGACAAAUUCGUUCUCUUUCACGUCGUCAUCGUCGAAUCCAUUCCCUUCGAGUACGUCCUUUGGGUCUGCUCCGAAUUCUGGGAGUCCAUUCUCUUUCGCACGGAACAACAGCACAGCUGCGGAUCCACCGCGGCCCUCGACUGCUGGGUCGUUCUCGUUUGGGUCUCCUGCGCCAAGCAGUGGUUUUACGUUCGGAAACAACAGCACCACAAGCAUCAACACCAGCACCAGCAGCACUGCGCCGGCCAGCAAUCCGUUCAUGACCGGUGGGUCUGCUCCGAGCAGCCCUGCGACGUUCGGCCAGCAGCCGUUUUCGUUCGGCGGGGGGAGUUCCGCUCCGCCGCCGGCGUUGGCGACGUCGUUUUCGUUUGGAUCGCAGCCGUCUUCGCCUGCGCCGACGUCUGCGACAUUGCCGCAGCCGAGCACGCCGGGUGGACCGUUCAGCUUUGGGUCGGCUGCUGCUUCUCCUGCGGGUGGCGGCGGGCUGUUUACGAUGGGUGCUGCGCCGACGAGCAGUGGGCCUCCGGGCGGGCGGCUGCUGAAGAAGCUGCCGCGAAGAAAGAACUGAAGUAUUUAUCUAUUUUAUCUUGUUUUCUUAUUAUCAUCAUCUAGGUAGGUAGGUACUUAUCACAUCACUGUAUCCGUAGGAAGCUCAAGGCACACACCCCACUGGCUCAAGGCCAUCCAUCACCACCAUCAUCAUCACUUUGCAUAUAUACAUAUACAAACACUCCCCGUAUUCUACUGUUGUAGUCUCCGAAUCGUCUUCCUCAGCCCGGCCAAAACCAUUUUGCCGUUCGUCGGCAUUGCAACUUUGCCGGUCGCGAUGCCGAACAGAUAGGCAAAGUCGGCCUGGGCCGUGAUCGGAAUACGCCCUGUCCGCUGGCGCCGCGAAAGCAUCUUUUCCUUGAACUGCUCCGCGAACUUGGACGACACCGCGUCCGCUCUCUGCACGACAUUCAUCGGCACGCCCGCGAGAUUCGCGACGUGCGUGCCAAAGGACGACACCGCCACGCCUUCGACCAGCUUGUACAGGAACAGAAUCUUCUUCUCCUCGUCGUCCACGACGGUUUCCAUGAACACCGGCCGGAUGUUCGGGUGGUACGUAAAGUCGUCUGUCAGCGAGCUGUAGUGCGUCGCGAAGAUCGACAGCGGCAGUGUGUGGGUGGCCAGCUGGUGAAGCACCGCACCUGCGAUGGCCAUCCCGUCCUGCACGAAUCAGUCUCAAGAAGCCGUGGAUGUAGUCGCAUGAAGCUCACAAAGGUCGAUGUCCCUCGUCCGAGCUCUGUCAGACUGGUCGUGAGAAAAAAAGUGAACACCAAAGCAAGUGCAACCACCCACCGUCCAGAAUGACGAGCGACUUGGGCGUAGCGUCCCGCAGGAUCUUGCAGCUGCAAGCGUGUUAGUUAUCUGCAGUGAGUUGAUAACAGCCUCCACGCACCAUUCGUCGAGCUCGACUUUGAACGUGCUGGCGUUGGAAAACAUGUUGUCAUACGCGCCCAUCCGAGUCAGAAUCGCGUCCACAGGCGACAGUCGAGCACUCUGCGCCGGCACAAGCAUCCCCAGUUGGGCCAUGAUCUGCAGCAGUGGCUCAGAUCGGUCGCGGGACGAGCACAACCACAGACUCACGACACCGGUGGCGGUCAUCCUCAUGACUGUUGAUUUACCGCUGUAUAAACAGUAAGCCACAUGACAUGCGAAGGCGCGGUUUCAAACACCCACCAGUCAAAAGCGCGAUAUUCCCCAUCUCGCCACCCAGUCUGACGUCGUUCGGGAUGAAGGACUCCACCUUGGCAUUCAUGCACAGCGUCGGAUGCCUCAGCUGCCGGAAAUCGACCCAGGCAGAUUCGCCCUCGACGAAUUCAGGGCGGCACCGCGGCUCCCCGAUCGCACUCGACGCCUUGGCGAGCGAGAACAGGCAGUCGAGCUCGGCCAUGAUCCGCACUGCACGCAACCACAGCGACCGGUCAGAGUCAAACUCGGCGAACAACCGCAUCCGGAACGCCUUGAUGGCCGUGUUUCGGUUUUCCCGGGCCUCUUUGAGCUUGCGCACGGUCGGCUGGAUGCUGGGCACGACCCACCGCGUCUUGUUCUUCAGGGACUGCGUCUUCGUCCAUUCCUUCGGCACACCCGUCUGCUUCGCGUCCGUUUCAACCAGGUAGAUGUCCUUGGUCCCAAUCGAGCUGUGGUGCCAGCUCAGUUUCCCUUUCAUCUUCUUCUGCAUGUUCUUCAGUUCAUCGUCGAGUUCGUUCUCCAGUUCCCUGAUUUCGGCCAUCACUCCGUCGUAAACUUCGUCUUGCCCAUCUUGAGGGACCAGUUCACUGGCAUCUUCACCCAGCAUCAGCACAACGUGGGGAUCUGCCAAAAACGGGCCACUUGCCUUUUUCAGAUUCAGGCUUUUCGUACAUCGCUUGUACCUUCUUGAUGUUCUGGAUCAAAUCGGGUGCGCUGCGUACGAGCCCAAAGAUCGUUUUAGACUUGAAGCUCUCUGCAAUGUCUCCCAGAUGUGCCAUUCCAUAACUCAGUUUCUUGAAGGCCUAAACAUGCCCAGGUCAGUAAUCGCAUCCGAGGAGAGGACGACACCGACGACUUGCAUUGAGCACUUUGAGAAAGUCGCGAAUUGUGCAGUUUUUGGCGUGGAUGCGCGAGACAAUCCGCUCCAGAUCGGGAAGGCCCUUUGCGAUCUCCAUGAAAUCCUUUUCAAAAUCUAUUGUAUUGUCCAUGAUAUCUUGCACGGCAUCCAGUCGAGCGUUGAUGUCCGAAAUCUCUUUCAGCGGCACACACAGCCAGAUCCGGAACAGACGUUUCCCUGAUCAGAUACAGUCUAGUCCAAUGACCUACGCACGAACAAUGCCACUCACCAAAGGGCGUGACUGCCCUGUUCAAAAGCUUGAGCAGCGUGCCUUCCUCAGUGCCCUCGUUGUUCAGGAGAACUUCGAUGUGGGCGAGACUCUGCCCGUCGAGGACAAGCCCUUGCCCUCGUUUCAAAGGGUCAUACACGUUGAAGUUCUUCAUGCUGAGAAUGUCCUUGUCGAUGUUCAGCUGGCGCAGGUACCUACACUGGGAUCAGCAUUGGCCAGUCCUUGUGGGAUCGACUAACCAAAUCAUCAUUCCAAGCGAUUCAAUCGCAGUCCGCGAUCCGGACAUGGCCCGGAUGGGCUCGGGCACACUCGCAGGCAGCUCAUCACCGUCAGAACUGCCAUCAUCAUCCUCUUCCUGAGGAUAAAGCUUCACAAGCUCUACUUUGGUCUGCUCAUAGUCGAAGCCCUCGACAUCUCGCAGUCCAGUCCAGAUGCAUAGCGAAGGUACGAUAGAUUUGAGCAGUCGAGUCGUAGACACAGAUAACUUGCCCUGAAACUGGGGUCAGACACAGCUCGCCGACACGUCAACGGGCUGAUACCUUGGUAAAGAGCAGCUCCUUCGGUUUCAGCUGCCUGAUCAGUGUCUCCAUCUUCGUCCGGCAUAUGUCGUCUUCGAACGUGCUCAGAUUGAACUGCGAAGUAGAGCAGUCAAGAACCGAAAUGCCAAAUGUGCUGCUUGUUUCGACACCCUCCUCGAAGACCUCGCGGAUCGAGAUCAAGUGCCCAGCUUGGUCGUCAGUAAGCAUGCUUGGAUCAAUGAGAGUGCCGUUAGUAUAGACUUGUUUGAGUUCGCUGUAGGAGAAGAUAAGCUCGCCAAUACUAUGCUCUGCGCACUGGAUCGCACCGUUGCACGAUCUUGUCCUUUGCUUUGCCGUUCUUGGCUUUGUUUGCCUUCACCCUCAUUUCAGCACCGAGUGCUGUUUCGGCCUGGUCCACCCUGCCAACUUUGAAUCCUGCGCCAGGUUGGUAUCGACUCAUCUAGUGAGAAAUAUACAUUCAGACCUUUCGCAAGGAAUUUCCUGCAGACAUGAGAUAAGCAGACAAUCAUGCAACGACUCGGAGACUCACGCAGCCCAGAAGUCAAAGGAGGACUCUGGAACCCCGACCUGGAAAGCAUGAGAUUGGAACAGUGGCUCAACCUCGCCUUCCGCACCAUGGAC